ACCAAAAACCCUCGAGGCUCUCUCGCUGUUUCGUUUUGUCAGAAGAAGAAGACUAGGACUGAGAAACCCAAAACCCCUCAAAAUCUCUAGGUUUGUUUGAGAGGUAGGGUUUGUUGAAUUUCAAAGGCCAAAAAUGGGAAGAGAGGCUCCACAGCAAACGCCGCCGUCGCCGCAGCAGCAGCAGCAGCAAGUGUCGUUCACGGUGGAGCAAUUGGUCGCCGUCAAUCCCUACAACCCCGAUAUCCUCCCCGAUCUCGAAAGCUACGUCAACGAGCAGGUUUCGUCACAGACCUACAGUCUCGAUGCGAAUCUCUGCCUUCUUCGUCUCUAUCAGUUUGAGCCGGAGCGUAUGAGCACUCAAAUUGUUGCUCGUAUUUUGGUUAAGGCACUGAUGGCAAUGCCCGCUCCCGAUUUCAGCCUCUGUCUCUUCCUAAUUCCAGAAAGAGUGCAAAUGGAGGAGCAGUUCAAGACACUAAUUGUCCUAUCUCACUAUCUAGAGACAGGAAGAUUCAGUCAAUUCUGGGAUGAAGCAUCUAAGAAUCGUCACAUACUUGAAGCUGUCCCAGGUUUUGAGCAAGCUGUCCAAGCCUAUGCAGUUCAUGUUCUUUCCUUGACUUACCAAAAGGUUCCCAGAUCUGUGCUUGCUGAGGCAAUCAACCUUGAAGGUAUAUCCUUGGACAAAUUCCUUGAGCAUCAUGUUGCCAAUAGCGGUUGGGUUCUUGAAAAAGGUCAUGGUAAGGGCCAACUCAUUGUCUUACCUCGAAAUGAAUUUAACCAUCCCGAGCUGAAGAAAAGCACAGACGGUGGAAUUCCAUUAGACCAUGUGGCUCGAAUCUUCCCCAUCCUGGGUUGAUUAUCUUUCCUGCCCAUUUCUAUGCUUAUGGACUUUGUUCACAUAUUUCAAGCUUUGGAUUCCAAGACUGAUGAUUACAUGGCUUAGGUGGUUGGUUCAUUAUGGCUCUGUAGUUUUCUUUUAUUUUGUUUCGACUUUGAGUAUAUGUUGAAAACCACAUACGCUUAAGCAGCAGCAGGAUUCAAUAUUAAGUCUCUCUUUGUUAUUGAUC